AUGACGGCCACCAUCGAACCCAAUGCCCGUCCCACGGGAUCUCGUAUCCCCCUGGCCCUCCAAGCCGUGUUUCUGGCAUCCAACAGAGGAAAAGAUGUCAGCCGGCCACCACCCGACAAGCAAGCCACCAAGACGUACUUUCGAGGAUGGAUGUUCCAAGGAUUACGAAAGAAGAAGAAGAAGGGAGGCAGUAUUAGUAGUCGCCGCAGCAAAGGAACGCCACAGGAGGACAAGACGGUCAGUGUCACUACCAGGGACAGUACCAAGCCUCCCACGGUAGUCCAGUUUGGAAGUGAUCCUUCCUUCACGGCAGACAGCAGUCGACGCGACAAACUUGGAAAGUCGAACAAGAUGGGAAGCUCUUCGCAGCUCAGUGUGGGAGCUCCUCCUCCCAAGCCAAAGCCCGCCGGUCGUCCUCCCAUGUCGCCGCAGGCCUAUUUGGACGUUCUCAUUCACUCUCGCGGAUAUUCCACCCGUCGUUAUCGCACACUCCAAACGGGAUAUUACUCCAAACCCACGGCAUUCCAACAAGCCAGUUACAAUGUCUACCUGGUCAAGCUCGUACGAGCCAACGAUAUUGAAAAUUUGCGUGCCGUGAUUCAGGCCGGCAUUUCUCCCAAUCCGUGUAACGCCUACGGAGAAUCCUUGGUACACAUGGUGGCCCGUCGUGGUGAUUUUGAGCUCUUGCGCAUGCUCUUGGACGUGGGUACCAGUAUUCAGGUUUCGGACGAUUACGGUCGUACGCCCCUGCACGAUGCCUGUUGGGCGGCCAAACCCUCCUUUGAAACGGUAGAACUCAUUGCCGACAAGGAUAUUGCCCUCUUUCACAUGACGGAUAGUCGUGGUGCGGUCCCUCUCAGUUAUGUCCGACGGGAACAUUGGCCUCUUUGGAUUGAAUUUUUGGAAUCCAAAAAGGACCUCUGGUGGCCUCCCAAGACGGAGGAAGACAAACCGGCACCCUUGAUUGAUGUAGCACCCAAUGAAUGCCCCAUUCCGGAACCCGAAAAUGCUUUGUCCAUUGAAUUGGCAGGAAUGGUAGCUUCCGAGAGCUCUUCGGACGACGACGACCUAGCUGGGUUCUCUGCGGACGAUAUGGCCAACAUGCUAUCGCGAGUCCAACAAUCCAAGGCUCGUGUACAGUAA